AUGAGUGCAAGCCUUCUCAGUCGUGAACGUGUUAAUAGUCAGCCGGAGAGGAAAAGUUCACUGUCCAAGUUACGUAGUACUACUGAUGAGGACAUUAUAUUAGCUUCCUUUUUGGUGUCCAAAACACGCUACAGGGAUGGAACGACUGCUAAAUAAAUUUCGAAUCAGGAGUAGCCUUGCCAGAGAGUGUUUGGCUGAGUGCCUGGGGGUCUACAUCAUGAUUCUGUUUGGAUGUGGCUCCGUUGCCCAGGUAACGACAUCUGAAAACAGUAACGGUCACUACCUGUCAAUCAAUCUGGGUUUCGCUCUGGGAACUACCUUUGGAGUCUAUGUUUCCCGUGGGGUGUCAGGUGCUCACCUGAACCCUGCAGUGUCUCUCAGCCUCUGCUUUCUGGGCAGGCAUCCUUGGACACGCCUGCCUUUCUACGUCUUGUUCCAGAUUCUGGGGGCCUUUAUGGCUGCUGCCACCGUAGCCUUGCAGUACUAUGAUGCUAUACAGUUCUACAGCGGUGGUCACCUGACCGUGAGUGGUCCCAAAGCCACAGCAGGCAUCUUCUCCACAUACCCUGCUGACUACCUGAGCCUGUGGGGGGGCAUCAUGGACCAGGUGGUUGGCACGGCUGCUCUCAUGGUGUGUAUCCUGGCUCUGGGGGACAGCAGGAACAGCCCGGCGCCUGCAGGUCUGCAGCCGGUGCUGGUGGGGGCUGUGGUGUUGGUGAUCGGAGUCUCCAUGGGCUCCAACAGCGGCUACGCCCUGAACCCAGCCAGAGACAUUGGGCCUAGACUGUUCACAUACAUUGCUGGCUGGGGGGAUGAGGUGUUUAAGGCGGGACGUGGUUGGUGGUGGGUGCCUUUAGUGGCCACUUGUGCCGGCGCUCUGGUAGGCACACUGAUCUACGAGCUCCUCAUUGAGGUCCACCAUCCAGAGAAGGGGCUCAUCUCGGAGUCCUCAGCCCAAGGACAGGCCACUGAGAGCAGGCAGGCAGUGGAGCUACAUCCAGAAAAAAAAGACCCUAAGGAUGGACUUGAUGGAACCAUCAUGUGAAAUGGGAGAAUCUAAUAGUGGGAUUUUAAACGGUUAUAUCCUAAAGGGCUAUACGAUUACACUCUUUGCAAGACACUAGUGUAUGUGUCACAAUUAUAAACAGAGGAAUGAUUAUCUAUCUGUAUAAAAUACUGUAGUUGUAAAUGUGCCUAAAUUAAAAAUACAAUACUAUCCCUAAACAGUUA